AUGGCAGUGCUACCAAAAUCUGUAUAUUUUUUAACACUCCAAUUUGUUUUAUUGCUAAAUUUGGCAGUGGGUAUAAAACUUGAGGAUGUGAUUAAUGAAAAUGGAAUUGAUGAAGAAACAACGUUAACAGCUAGUGAUUUUGCAAGAGCACCCGAAAAAGAGUUUAAUCUGACUCUAUUAGGUAUUCAAAUAAAGUCUGAUCCAACGAUGGGUAACAUGACUGAAGGAGAUAUUGCUUUACCAAAUUUUAAAGGAUUUAUUGAUUAUCGAAAUAGUCGUUUAGAACGAAGUGCUGUAAGACAAUUUUACAGACGUUGGCCAAAUGGUGAAAUUCCAUAUGCAAUUAGCUCACGUUAUGGGCCAUAUUCGCGCUCAGUAAUUGCAAAAGCAAUGCAAAAAUUUCAUGACAUAAGCUGUGUUCGAUUUGUUCCACGUGUUCGUAAUCAACAUAAUGACUAUCUUUACAUUAUGCCACAUGACGGUUGUUAUUCAUUAGUUGGACGGGCUGGUGGAAGUCAACCGGUUUCACUAGAAGCGGACUGCAUUCAAUCCGGCACCAUAAUUCAUGAAUUGAUGCAUGCUAUUGGUUUUUUCAUGAACAAUCCAGGUACCAUAAUAAUAAUUUAA